GACAUGGACAGUACCAUCUGGAGCCCCAUGACCAACGCCACUGCUGCACCCCUUGCGGCCCACGAGCGCAUCCGCAAUGCGGCCGACAUUUCUGUCAUCAUCAUCUACUUUGUGGUGGUGAUGGCUGUCGGGUUGUGGGCUAUGUUUUCCACUAAUCGUGGGACUGUUGGAGGCUUCUUCCUGGCAGGACGAAGUAUGGUAUGGUGGCCGAUUGGAGCAUCUCUCUUUGCCAGUAACAUUGGAAGUGGCCACUUUGUGGGGCUGGCGGGGACAGGAGCUGCUACAGGCAUCGCCAUGGGAGGCUUUGAAUGGAAUGCCCUGAUUUGGGUGGUUGUCUUGGGCUGGGUAUUUGUUCCCAUUUACAUUAAGGCUGGGGUGGUGACAAUGCCAGAGUACCUGAGGAAACGAUUUGGAGGCAAGCGGAUCCAGAUCUACCUCUCUAUUCUGUCCCUGUUACUCUACAUUUUAACCAAGAUCUCGGCAGACAUCUUCUCUGGGGCCAUAUUUAUCAACUUGGCCAUGGGUCUGGAUCUGUACCUGGCCAUCUGUCUCUUAUUGGCAAUCACUGGCCUUUACACAAUCACAGGGGGCCUGGCGGCUGUGAUUUACACCGACACUUUGCAGACGGCGAUCAUGCUGGUGGGGUCUUUCAUCCUGACUGGGUUUGCUUUCCGCAAAGUGGGAGGGUAUGAUGCCUUCAUGACAGAGUACAUGAACGCCAUUCCAACUGUGAUUACUGAUGGAAACAUCACCAUCAACAAAGACUGCUAUACACCAAGAGCUGACUCUUUUCACAUCUUCCGAGAUCCCCUCAAAGGAGACCUGCCAUGGCCUGGGGUCAUCUUUGGGUUGUCCAUCCUUUCCCUGUGGUACUGGUGCACAGAUCAGGUCAUUGUGCAACGCUGCCUCUCAGCCAAAAACAUGUCUCAUGUGAAGGCCGGCUGUAUCCUGUGUGGGUACAUGAAGCUGCUGCCCAUGUUCCUCAUGGUGAUGCCAGGAAUGAUCAGCCGCAUCCUGUACACAGAAAAAAUUGCCUGCACUGUCCCCUCGGAAUGUAAGAAAUAUUGCGGUACUGAGGUUGGCUGUACCAACAUUGCUUACCCGACCUUGGUGGUGGAGCUCAUGCCCAAUGGACUGCGAGGCCUGAUGCUGUCAGUCAUGUUGGCCUCUCUCAUGAGCUCCUUAACCUCCAUUUUCAAUAGCGCCAGCACCCUCUUCACCAUGGACAUCUAUACCAAGAUCCGGAAGGGAGCAUCUGAGAAAGAGCUCAUGAUUGCAGGAAGGUUGUUCAUCCUGGUGCUGAUAGCCAUCAGCAUUGCCUGGGUGCCCAUUGUGCAGUCAGCACAAAGUGGGCAGCUCUUCGAUUACAUCCAGUCCAUUACCAGUUACUUGGGACCACCCAUAUCAGCUGUCUUCCUGCUUGCUAUUUUCUGGAAGAGAGUCACUGAGCCGGGAGCCUUUUGGGGACUGAUCAUAGGAUUUCUGAUCGGGAUAUCCCGUAUGGUGGCUGAAUUUGCCUAUGGAACUGGGAGCUGCAUGCAGCCCAGCAACUGUCCCACAAUUAUCUGUGGUGUUCACUACCUGUACUUUGCCAUCAUCCUCUUUGUCAUUUCUGUCAUCAUCAUCGUGGUCGUCUCUCUCUUCACCAAGCCAAUUCCAGAUGUGCAUCUCUACCGCCUGUGUUGGAGCCUGCGCAACAGCAAAGAGGAGCGUAUUGACUUGGAUGCAGAAGAGGAGGACAUUCAAGAAACCCCAGAGGAGACCAUUGAAAUAGAAGUUCCUGAGGAGAAAAAAGGAUGCUUCAAGUGGGCCUAUGAUCUAUUCUGUGGCCUGGACCAGCAGAAGGGCCCCAAGAUGACGAAGGAAGAGGAGGAAGCGAUGAAGCUGAAGAUGACAGACACCUCUGAGAAGCCUUUAUGGCGAACAGUAGUGAACAUCAAUGGCAUCAUCCUGCUGUCCGUGGCCGUUUUCUGCCAUGCAUUUUUUGCCUGAGCCUUGCCUUCUGUGGCAGGCCUUGUUCAGGAAGGCCAGACUUUUUACUCUGCCUCCUUUACUUCUAUUCUGUGGUGUUAAGCUGGUGGUAAACCAGCCAGUUGUAAAUUUUGCCCAGUUGAUAAAUGUGUACAGGUGUAAUUA